AUGGCAUCAGUAACAAGUUCAGCGACAUCGCCACCUCGUUAUUUUUGGAUUUUCCUGUGUCUGAUCAUCGUUAGCUGUUUGCUGUUGUUCCUUGUUCCUUGGAGACUGUGGGCAGAUUUUACAGACGCCGUACAUUUACUACCUUCCUCGACAGCAUCUCAGUCAUUCUCUAAAACACUAAACAAUUCAACCAUCGAGGAGCUCUUGCAUAACAUCUCUAGACAAGUCAAAGUUCCUGGAGUAGAUUGUGCAGCAAUAUUCGAAGGCUCCAAAAAUGAAACAGAUGCUGCCAGAGCUAUGACCAGAAAUGUCAGCUCUCCAAUUUCGGACGCAUGUUACUUAAAUAUAACAGAAAACUGUGAUGACUUUAAGAAACAACGAGGGUAUAUAAUGUCGUCAUUAACGGACGAGGAAGAGCAAUUUCCCAUAGCUUAUUCCAUACUUGUCUAUAAGGACUCAGAAAUGGUAGAGCGACUUUUACGUGCCAUCUACCGACCACAAAAUUUUUACUGCAUUCAUGUAGAUCAGAAGGCUUCUAAUGAUUGCUUCGAAGCAAUUACCUCCAUAGCCAAAUGUUUUCCUAACGUGUUCCUGGCUAGUAGAAGAAUUUCGGUAGCAUGGGGCUGGUUUACGGUGCUUGAACCGGAGAUUGUAUGCAUGGAAGAUUUGUGGAAGUACCGUAAAUGGAAGUAUUUCAUCAACUUGACUGGGCAAGAGUUUCCGUUAAGGACUAAUCAUGAACUUGUGAAAAUUUUAAUGGCCUUUCAAGGAGCAGUCGACGUGUCUUCAUCAGUCAAGGCACUAGACCGUAGACGACUGCGAGGGCGUAACCCGCCUCACGGCCUACGUCCUGCCAAGGGAUCGGUCCAUAUAGCAGCCAACAGGGAAUUUGUGGAUUUCGUACUGCAUAAUCAAACAUCAAAAGAUCUUUUGAACUGGGGGAGGAAGAUCAAAUUUGCUGAUGAAACCUACUUUGCCAUGCUCAGUUCGAAUCCAAAGUUGGGCAUUAAAGGGACUGAUAAAGGAGACCCGGAAAACAACCAUGGAUGGGAAUCUUUCGUCAGAUAUAAGAGUUGGAAAUGGGGGCCCUGUGCCGGAUACUACGUGAGGAAAAUAUGUAUUCUAUCUACAGGAGACUUGCCUCGGCUAGGAAAAUCAAUUCAGAUGUUUGCCAACAAAUUCUACCUCCAAGAAGACAGAGUGGUCAUCGGUUGCCUGGAGGAGAAGAUCUUCAACGACACAAGGGAUGAAUAUAUGGGCACCAAAGUCUUCGACACCACACUUUAUCAAAAUGCAACAUUUAUUAAGAAUAAAUUUGACUAG